GGUGCCCGCGAGGCGAGCGCAGGCGCCCUUCACAGGCGCCCGGGCCGAGGAAGGGCGCGCGGCGACCUCGACUCUUGUGGCGUCGCGCGGAGGCGCCAUGGACGCCCCGCCGGAGCGGAGGGCGCCUCUGCCGACCUCGGAGCAGGUGUACCGGCUGGCGGGGGCGCUGGGCUCGGAGCUGCAGCGGCUGUCGGGCCUCUUCGGGCCGAGUGCCGUGGCCGGGCUGGUGCCGGAGGUGGUGCGUCUCCUCGAGCUGCUCGAAGCCCUCGCCGCGGCCGGAGAGGGAGGCGUCGGCGGGCCGGAUCCGGCCGAGGGGCUGUGCCGCGCCGGGCAGCUGCAGGAGGGGCCCUCUGCGGGGGAGCCCUUUCCGGGCCCGACGCGAGACUUUGUUCAGGCUCUGGAGCUGCAGCUUGCUGAGGCCCGGCAGAGAGAGCGCCUCCUACAGAGUGGCCUGGCCCAGGCCGAAGAGGAGAACCAGCGGCUCUUGGCCCAGUUGGCAGGCAGCCAGUCCCAGGAAGACAGCGCCUUGCGCAAAGAGAGGGACGUGAUGUUGCGCCUCAAGGAGGUGGUGGACAGGCAGCGGGACAAGCUGCGUGCCCAGGCCCACGAGAUCCUCUGCAAGGCCCGGGACACUGAGGCGCUGCAAGAGCAGCUCAACCGCUUCAUGUCCAUGAAUGAGGAGCUCCGCCAUAAGUUGGCCGUCGUGCAGGCACAGCUCAGGAGUGCCCUGGAGAAGAAGGGAGACCUGGAGAAUGCACUACUGGAGACUCGCCAGGAAGCAGAGAGGCUGAGCAAGGCUGGGGCGGCAGCAAAGCCCUUGAGGACUAGCACCACGGACGAAGAGGUGACUGCAGCAGCGGCACCACCUGGGGAGGGGCUUCCUGGCAGGGGCCAGCGGGACAGCUCCUUCUCCAAGGAAGAGUUGCAGCAGGUCCUACAGGAGCGCAACGAGCUCAAGACCAGCCUGUUCUUGGUGCAAGAGGAGUUGGCCUAUUACCAGCGGGAACUGCUCAGCGACGAGCGGAUCCCCAGCCUCCUCCUGGAAGCCGUGAAAUCCACCAUCAAGAAGCAGCGCAAGAAGAUCUGGGCCAAGAUGCUGGGCACGGCGGAGGAGCCAAUGAGCAGUGAUGAAGAGGAGGAAGGCGUGUGGCUGACUUCCCCUGCUGGCUCUGACUGCCUUGACGGCCGCCUUCCUGAGUCUAAAAUCAAGAGCCUUUUUAGCCUGUGGUAUCGCCGAAGCAGCAAAAGCAGCUCACCCGAAGCCUGGGAGAUAGUUGGCCCCCAAGAUGUGGGCCCUGAGGAGCAGGAGGAGGAGACGAGAGCUUCCUGCAGUUCCAGCCCUUCAGAUGGGCCCUCUCACUUUCCCUGCUCCCAGUUUGCUUCCUCAGGAAAAACCAAGGAGGAAAUGGGAGGGAGAGCAGCAGCUCCGGAAGGAGGCCUACAACAGUGCCGUGGCUGCAGCAGCCCGGGCAACGAGUUUUUGCCGGGAAUCCCUACAAGGAGGAUGGCGCGUUGGCCUCUGCUGCUUUUCUGCCUGCAGUUCCUGGGCCCAGGGAUUGGGAGCUGCAGCUCUGACCUGGACCCCAGCGGGAGGCACGUCUGCACAUCAGACAGUCACCCCCCAGUCCUCACCUGCUGCCCAGGAUGGAAACAAGAGGGCCGGGAAUGCCCAGCUGCACUGUGCACAGGAGCAGAUGCCUGCCGGGAGGGUGAAGUGUGCAUUCGCCCUGGUGUCUGCCGCUGUAGGCCUGGAUUCUUUGGGGCCGACUGUAUUGCACGCUGCCCUGAUCAUUACUGGGGUCCAGACUGCAAAGAGAGCUGCCUCUGCUAUCCCAACGGGAAGUGCGAUCCAGUCAGCGGAGAGUGCAGCUGCCACCCUGGGCGAUGGGGCCCGCUCUGCCAGUUUGCGUGCCUGUGUGGCCCCAGGAGCCACUGCGACCCCCUCACUGGGGCCUGCCAGUGUGAGCCUGGCUGGUGGGCACCUGACUGCAGGAGGCCAUGCUCCUGCAACCUGUCUGGCUCCCGCUGCGACCCUGUGACCGGCCGCUGCCUCUGCAGACAAGGCUGGUGGGGCAAGAGGUGCACCUCGUCCUGCCUCUGCAACGGCUCGCCCUGCGCCCAGGAGACUGGCCGGUGCGAGUGCAGGGAGGGGCUGUGGGGUGUGGCCUGCCAGUCCAAGUGCCAGUGCCUGCAUGGCACCUGCGCCCCCCAAGACGGCCAGUGCACCUGUGACGCCGGCUACCAGGGCCAGAGCUGCAGGGACCCCUGCCCUCCUCGGACCUACGGACUUCGCUGUGCACACAGCUGUGGCCACUGCAAGCACCAAGAGCCUUGCUCUCCAGUGACUGGCUCCUGCCUGGCCUGUGAGCCCGGCUGGAACGGGACCCACUGCAAGCAGCUAUGCCCACCAGGGCGCCAUGGGGAGAACUGCACCCAGAUCUGUCCCCGCUGCCGACGAGGGGAGACUUGCCACCCAGAGACAGGGAAAUGCCGGAACUGCGAAGCAGGACUCACAGGUGCCAGGUGUGAGCUCUCGUGCCCCACUGGCCUCUUUGGGGAGGGGUGCCAGUUCACCUGUCCAGACUGCGUCAAUGGGAGCUGUGAUCCGGUGUCUGGGGCGUGCGUGUGCCAGGCUGGGUUCUGGGGUACCAGCUGCAACCAGACCUGCCCUGCAGGGUUUCACGGCCUCAACUGCUCAGAGCCCUGCCAAUGCGUGGGGGGCACGUGCCACCCCAUCUCCGGGGACUGCCAGGGGAGAGGGCAGAACCAGGCAGCCCUCUUAGCAGGCAUCCUGACCCCUUUGAUCCUCCUCUUCCUCAUCCUCCUGUGCAUGUGCUGCUGCUGCUGCAGACCAGCCCCAAUGGAUACCAGGGCAGUGGCUGCGGAGGGGGACCCCAUCUCCCGGGUGAAGCACCACGUGCUGGGAGCCCUGGCCAGCGCCAGCCCUGCCUUGCCCUGCUUCUCUCUGGGGGGCUACAAGCUUCCGCGUGUGACAGUUUCCCACCACGAUGCAGAGCUUCCCUUCAACCCCAGCUUUAUUGAACCCCUGUCCGCUGCCUGGCCAUCCGACAGCUCUUUCUCCUCUUCCUUCGACACAGAUGACGAGGAGGGGGGGGCAGCUUCCCCCCUCCCUGCCAGCAAAGCGCCAGAUGCUGAGCUCGCGGCUGGGUUCCCCCCUGGGGCACUGGCCUUGAACUCGGAGCCCUUUGCCAUCCCUCGCACCUCCAGCAUCGCCAAGGCCAAGCAGCCCUCCGUGUCCUUUGCAGAAGGAACCCGGUUCAGCUCUCAGAGUCCCAGGGGCUCCAUGGAGACCCUCGACCCCACACGGAAGCCGAAGGCCCCCUGGGGCUCAGCCCAAGUCUCCUCCCCACAGUGUCCCCAAACAGACCAAGCUGGUGCUGCACAGGAUGGUGAUUCACCAGGGAGCUGUUACGAGAAUGUGGAGGCCCUUUGCAGGGAAGACGGGAGCCACAAGCCUUCCACGCAGAAGAGCACCCCUGGUGGUCAUGGCAGGAAACGGAUGGCCAGCUCCCGGCACGUGGCCCAGAGAGUGGAAGCCCUGGAGGCCGCCUCGAGGGCUCAGGGGAAAGACCUGAGUGUCACCACCAUUUAUGUAACGGUGGGCAAAGCGGGCAGCGAGGGGCCGGUGCAAGCCGUCCUGCAGCGGCUGGGGAGCCUGCAGAGGGCCAAGCAGCUAUCUGGGAAAGAGUCGCUGCGGGCAAGAAGCAGCCCUCAGGGCAUCCAGAAGCCACCAUGGAGGGCACUGGGCUCUGAGAGGGACACCGCUGUGAAGCUGAUGCCCCAAGACAAGGCUGGCCUUGAGGCUUCCAUGCCUUGCACUGAAACCAGUGCUGCAGAGGAGGCAGAGGCCCAGGGCAUUCUGGGAGGGCCAGCAGUUCCCACCGGAGAGCACGGCAGCCUUGAGUCACCCCAGAGCCACAACCAGCCAGAGAUGUUGACUGGAGGGGCUGCCUUAGAGGAGAAUGCAAAGGAAGAGCUGGAGCCAAAGUAUGAGAAUGUCUCUGGCUGGUCCAGCUCUCCGUAAAUACCAGGUGCCCCCCCAUGCCCAAUACAAGCAUACUCCCUUCCCAAGAAACUUUAGGGAAGCUGCGGAGGAGAGGUCGCCACGGAAGAUCCCUGCAGGAAGGAGGCCAUCAUGUCCACGAGGAGGGCUGCUUUCCUCAGGGGGGGCUCCCACCUUUAUGGAGUGAUCCCCCUCCUGGAGGCGCAGCAGAAAAAGGUUAAAAGCACACCUGAUUAUUAGUCAGGCAUUGAUUCUCAGGCUGUCGAUUUUUAAGUACUGUACUGGCUUUUAAUGAACCUCUGCAUAUUUUUGUGUAUAUUUUAAUUUGUAUGGUUUUAUUGUUUUGUAAUGACUUGUCAUGUGGUUUUAUUUCAUUGAACUACUUUUUGGGGGGGUAAAUUGCCUUGUAAUCAUUUUGGUGAAAGGCUGAUUUAAAAUAAAUGUA